UAUAUAGGGAACGUUCUUUCAUUUUUCAGAGUGCAAAUGUGAGGAGGAGAGAUUCACCUAUGCACCCAGCUCUGCAAUAAACUCCCGUUGGCUUUCUAAACUAUAAAACCUGUUUUGGAGAGUCCUUUCCUGUUUAAGUAGCAGGGCUGCACUGGGCCAUGCCUGGCUUCAUGCCCCUCUGGGUGGCUGUUGGCCUGGGGACAGCUUUCUGUUUGUGGUCACGGACAAAUCAAAAGUAAUGUUAGAAACGGAAAGUUGUUCUGACAUAUUCUGAGAGAGAAGGAAAUGGUCAGAGGCAAGCUAGUGGGUUGAAAAGAAAAGUCCCAGCCUAGGAUGGAAAAGCAAGGCUUUGAGUAGCAAGAAGGAGUGGGGGCAGGUGAAGCAGCAGCACUGCAUGGUGGGUUUGCCUUUGGCUUAGCUGUAUUAAUUACCAGUAGAUGAUCCGAAAAAUGUCAGUGUGGCAAGAGCAAGACUGUUCUGGUAGUGCCUCACGGAAUCAGAGGUCACCUUAACACAGGCUUUGGAUAGCUCUGGCACUUGGGAGUUUCUAGCCUCUGCCUUGUCUGAGAUUGGGUGGGAUUUCUGGAAGUCCCUUUGGCAUCGGCUACUGAGAUUCCUUUAGUGAUCCUGAAGUGAAAAGCAGAUCCCUCAGACCUCUGGUUUGCAUUGUUUAGGAGGUAAAGGUGUUUUUAUUUUAAAGUUGCAGUUGGAGGAAACAAAGUUUCAGUUGAGUCUGGUGAUACUUUCGGGUGAUGUCAUGGAAGAAUUCUGGGGACAAUUUGUUGCUCUGUCUCUGCAGGAAUUGUGACAGGCUGUUUGUUCUGAAAUGGAUGAUUUAGCAAUACUUUAUGAUUGUUUUCCCCAUGUAAUAGAUGCUCAAGCUGAAGUGCUGUCCUGUGAUCAUCUAAGAGCUUCUAUCUUAUCACACUAUGUGAUCAGUCUUAGCUUGGUGUCUAUUUACCUUCCUUUUUUUUACUCUUUCCAUUAUUCUCUUUGAUUCAGAUUACUUCUAUAAUUUUCAUGCUUGAUUUUUUUCUGGUGCUUUGCUAACAGGAGUAAGUUAAAGUAGGUGGUUGUACAUCAGGUUUUCCAGUGGGCAGAUGUAUGUAGGUGAGGUUAUGAAUACUUCACAUUUGUGCUAUUAAACAACAGAUUCCCUGUUAUACUGACAUGGACUUAGCCUUGUCCUGCUGAUUACUCUUGUCCUUGCUCCAUGCUCUUUAAUUUUUCAUGCUCAUCUUCUGGAAUCAGCUGUGCAGUACUUCUUAAAACAAGAAUUUUAAACUUUAAAGAAGAUCUCUUUGUCUAUGUGUGUCCACUCUUCCUUGGGAGAUGUCCAGUGUUUCCAGUUACGCGCUUCGAAUGGCUCGACUGAGUGCUCAGAUAUUUGGAGAAGUUGUCAGGCCAACUGACUCAAAAUCUAUGAAAGUAGUGAAGUUAUUCAGUGAGCAGCCUUUGGCCAAGAGGAAGGAGGUCUAUGACUGGUAUCCUCCUCACAACACCUACUAUGCCCUCAUGAAGAAACUUCGUUACUUUGGUCUCUACAGGGAUGAACAUCAGGACUUUAAAGACGAGAUGAAGCGAUUGAAAAAACUCCGUGGAAAAGCAAAACCAAAGAAGGGGGAAGGCAAGAGAGCUCUCAAGAAGAAAUAAUGCCACUUGAACCAUAUAAUGAACUACUCUGGAGAGCAGCUGCAAUCCAGGCUUUCUGUUCCCAGCUGGAGAGGGGCUUGGCAUGUGAGCCAUGCGCAGGGCACAAGAAAUGCACUGUGAAAUACUGGAGUCCACCUUGGGAAUUGAUGUAGUUUAAACAUACUGUGUAUUGUAGCACACUGAUUUGUUGGAGCUCUCUCUUACUGAAGGAGUAAAAACAAUAAAAAUCAUAAAUAAGU